AUUCAUAAUUUGUACUGUGCAGAAUAAUACCAUCCUCUUCCACCAAAAUUUCCUUAACUUAUACUCGUCUUCCAAGACAAAUCGGUCAGUUUGACACUUGACCGCAUAUUCUGUAUACAUAUUCCAUAUAAUUUUGUCUGUAUCCGACCUAAUUCGCUUGGGUUAAUUGUAUAUCACUCUGUUGUUUUGAUUUCAUAGGUACAUACCUACAUACCUACCUUAUCUGUGCCAAUACUCCAAUACGAAUUUCCCCAACCUCACGAUCAAUUGAAGAAGAGAAGAACGAAGAAAACCCUCCAAAUCACGAAGACUCCAAGAUGCGGUUCGGAAAGACUCUACGGGAGUCCAUCUACCCACCAUGGAAGGACCAGUACAUCGACUACUCGAAGCUGAAGACGAUGCUGCGGGAAGACCGACGAGAAGACGAGGACGUGCCCUGGACCGAAGACGACGAGAACAAGUUCUGCGACGAGAUCUUCAACGUGCAGCUCGAGAAGGUCGCGCAGUUCCAAGAAAAGAUCGUCGCCUCUCUGAAAGAGCGCGCGGAGGUAGCCUUCGAGAAGCUGAAGGACAUGGCGCCCUCGACCGACGAUAAGGAAAAGCCGAAGAGCGACAUCACGACUGCGCGACUGAAGGAGCUCAAGAGCGAGCUCGACUCCGUCACGAACGAGGUCAAGGAAUUGAAGAAGUACAGCAGCGCCAAUUACACGGGCUUCCUCAAGAUAGCCAAGAAGCACGAUCGCAAGCGUGGCGACCGGUAUAAGGUGCGGCCCAUGAUGCGGGUCAGCUUGUCAGAGCGCGGUUUCAACUCGGAGCAGGCGUAUUCGCCGCUGCUGACGAAGCUGUCCCUGAUGUACUAUGCCAUAAACCAAAACCUUGACGAGAGCGAACAGCGACAGCCUCUAGAUUUGGAUUUGGAGAACCCGCAAGAGGUGCACAAUGGGGAGCGUUACACCGCCCAUAAAUUUUGGAUACACUCCGACAAUCUCCUUGAGGUUAAAACUGCCAUCUUGCGACACCUGCCUUCUCUUGUGUACACCCAGCAAGCCGGAAAAGAACCCGACGGAAACAACGACCCCAAGAUCACGUCUGUGUACUUCGAUAACUCUAAAUUUGAAAUAUACGGUAUCAAGGUAGAUCGCCAGGUAGACGCCUCAUCCUUGAGACUGCGCUGGUAUGGUCAAUUGGAUUCAAGACCGGAUAUUGUCCUUGAGCAAAAGAUAGUCCACGAGAAUGGCAUUAGCGAGGAGAAAAAGUUUCACAUCAAGGACAAAUAUAUCAAACAAUUCAUCGAUGGGGAUUACAAAAUGGAAAAGACGGUCCACAAAAUGGAAAGACAAGGCCAAACAGCCGAAGCUAUCGAAUCUUUCAAGACUACUGCGGGAGAGAUCCAGGACUUCAUUAUCAAGGGCAAGCUCGAACCGAUCUUAAGAGCCAAUUAUACCCGUACGGCGUUCCAGAAACCUUCUGAUGACCGUGUGCGAAUAUCAAUUGAUACCGAUAUCGCCUUCAUUCGUGAGGACACAUUAGAUCGUGACCGGCCGUGUCGCGAUCCUCAGGAGUGGCACCGAAUAGACAUUGAUAAUGGUAACAUGUCGUAUCCAUUCAAAAACAUAAAUCAGAGCGAGGUGUCGAGGUUCCCAUAUGCACUUUUGGAGAUCAAACUGAAGGAGGAAGGCGGUCGCAAGCGGCCUAGGUGGAUAGAAGAUUUGAUGGUCUCUCAUCUCGUCCAUGCAGCUCCGAGGUUUUCGAAAUUUGUGCACGGUGUCGCAUCUCUCUUCGAGGAUUAUGUUAAUCACCUGCCGCUGUGGCUUAGUGAUCUCGAAACGGAUAUCCGAAAAGACCCGCAGACGGCACACGAUGAAGAAGAACAGCGCAAAGCGCAGCAGGCUGAGGAUGCAAUGGUCGUAGGCAGUUUCCUAGGCGGCGGUGCUGCUGCUGCUGCCGCCAAGAUGGGUUCCUACAAGCCUGCAACGAGUUCUCCAGUCGGAAAGUCGUAUCUCUCGGAGCGAGCUGCCAGAGAUGCUCGGGACGCCAGGGCCUCUCUACCUCCGACCGCCGUAAAUCAAGACGUCGAGCCGGGUGAUGAAGAGGGUGCAACACAGCAAAGAGGUUACGGUACCCUCUCGUCCGUCUUCCCCGGCUUUUCUCUGACACGAUACUCGCGUGCUAAGCGACAACGGGCGCAGCUCCCAGAGGGCGUUACGAAGCCCGAGGUCUGGCUCAAAAACGCAGGUCCGCUACAGGUCGAGCCAAAGGUGUGGCUCGCAAACGAGCGCACAUUCCUCAAGUGGCAGCAUAUAUGUAUCCUAUUAGGCAGUUUGGCAAUCAGUCUAUACACGGCAGCGGGAGAGAACUUCGUCGCAGAGUGUAUGGGUAUUGCUUAUGUUAUAAUCGCCGUCAUGGCGGGGACCUGGGGAUAUGUCAUGUUACACAAGCGUCGCGACAUGAUCAUGGAGCGUAGUGGCAAGGACUUCGAUAAUAUGAUCGGGCCUCUGGCUGUUAGCGCAGCUUUGAUGUUCGCUCUGAUAUUGAAUUUUGUGAUUUCGUACCGGGCUGCGUUUGCGAAAUUUGAUAAGCCGUUAUUGAAUGAAACGGAAGCGAUGUUUCCGAUUGGCGAGUUACUGUAGAAUAGAAAAGCAAAGAAGCUAACGGUGGUAGAUACUUGUGUUACUUGAAGGAAGCCAAUAUGUGUAAGAAAUUUGUUCGUUGUAUUCAGCAUUAGUGGUAUGGUUGACGCCCAGGUAUCGGAGGUAUCGGAUUCGUAAAAAUUGUUGCGUGCAUAGUAUGUAUAGUCAUGAGUAUAUUGAGAGCAUAAAUACCGAAGAAGAAUUUGAUUGCAGGAUAAGAAGUCCUCGGGCUUCAACGAUCAGCACUGAAGAUGAAGGAAGG